AUGGGGAACGACUCCUUCACUGCCGAGGGAAUGCCUUCGCCACAAAGGAUCCUCUUUCCUCCGGAGAAGGUUUGCAUGGAGUGGCGGCAACGACAGAGAGCUGGAGCGGGACUCCACAACCUGGACAAUACGUGCUUCCUCAACUCCGUCCUGCAGUGCUUGACGUACACACCCCCUCUGGCCAACUACCUGCUCUCUGGGGAGCACAGCCAGGCGUGUCGUGAGCGAGGCUUCUGCAUGAUGUGCAUAAUGGAAGCACACGUUAACAAGGUCCUGCGUUCCUCAGGCAGUGCCAUCGAGCCUUUGGCUGUCAUCAAUGUCCUCCCACUAAUAGGAGAACAUUUUGAGCUUGGCAUGCAGGAGGAUGCCCACGAGUUCUUACGCUAUACUGUCGAUGCCAUGCAGAGAGCUUGUCUGAGUGGUAGCAGCGACUUGGACAUCUAUUCUCAAUCAACUACCAUCAUCCAUCAAAUAUUUGCGGGCUUUCUGAGAUCCAGAGUCACAUGCUUGAGCUGCAAAGCGGUUUCCGACUCCUACGAGGCCUUCCUGGAUGUUCCUUUGGAUAUAAAAGCAGCCUCCUCUGUCAGCGCAGCUCUCAAGGACUUUGUGAAACCCGAGCAGCUGGAUGGCGAAAACUGCUUUAAAUGUAGCAAGUGUGACAAGAGGGUUGCCGCCUCCAAGAGGUUUACAGUCCAUCGCCCGCCCAAGGUUCUCACGCUGUGUCUGAAGCGGUUUGACGAUUUCAUCGGCGAGAAGAUCAACAAGGUUGUGGAGUAUCCCAAGUACUUGGAUCUUCGCCCUUACAUGUCUGAGACAGCUGGAGAACCGCUCCUCUACUCCUUAUACGCCGUGGUGGUGCAUAGCGGUGUCAGCUGUGGUUCAGGACACUAUUUCUGCUAUGCAAAGGCCAGCAAUGGACUGUGGUACGAGAUGGACGAUAUGCAUGUGGAUCUAUGUGGCAUCGAGAGAGUUCUCAGGCAGCAAGCCUAUUUACUGUUUUAUGUCAGGGACCUGGUCAUGCUGGAGAGAGGCUCUGACAGGGGCCUCCUGCAGUUCAGCAAGGGGAAGUGCAAAGGGUGCUGUGCGGGUGACGAGCACCGGCACGGGCUGCCCAGGGAGCUGGUGGAGCCUCCGUCCUUGGAGAUGUUCCACAGCCCUCUGGACAUGGUCAUGGACAACCGGCUGCAGGUGGUACUGCUUGAGCGGGGGGGUGGGACCAGGUGA